CACUCUGUAUAUCUAUCCCCACUCUGUAUGUCUAUCCCCACUGUGUAUAUCUAUCAUCCCUUUGAAUAUCUAUCACCACUAUGUAUAUAUAUCAACACUCCGUACAUCUAUCAUCACUCUUCUGUAUAUAUAUCACCACUCUGUAUGUCUAUAACCACUGUGUAUAUCUAUCACCCCUCUGAAUACUUAUCACUCCUCUGA